CACGUUUUCGUAACUAGUCUUGAUAUCUAUGGUUCUGCCUAACUCGAAACUGGAAUCCGCGUUUUUCUUUUGCAACGAUAACGCACAUUCGAAAGUCUUGUUGGUUUUGCGGUCAAGCCAAACGGGAACGCGUGCGGCGUUUUAAACUUUUAGUUGUGCCGCGUUUAGCUGUUUGUAAUGUAGUUGCAACACCAGUGUGGGAAGAAAUUAUCAGCUCGCGGCUAGCUGCGGCUAACGUUAGCGCUUAACACUUUCGUCAACUUGAACCGCACUCACUGUUGAAUUUCAAUUUUUUGGGGACUAUUCCCACUAAGAUUGUGAGAAUGCUGGCUACUGGAGCCGCUGUCACAAACGUCACAGCAUUGGCACAGGUAGACCGGGAGAAGAUUUACCAGUGGAUCAAUGAGUUGUCCAGCCCGGAGACCCGAGAGAAUGCCUUGCUCGAGCUCAGCAAGAAACGGGAGUCUGUGCCCGACCUGGCACCCAUGCUCUGGCACUCCUGUGGCACCAUCGCUGCCCUUUUGCAGGAAAUCGUGAACAUUUAUCCCUCUAUUAACCCACCGACACUGACAGCUCACCAGUCCAACAGAGUGUGCAAUGCCUUAGCGCUUCUUCAGUGUGUUGCCUCACACCCGGAAACGAGGUCGGCCUUUCUAGCAGCUCACAUCCCCCUUUUCCUUUAUCCCUUUCUGCACACGGUGAGCAAAACACGCCCGUUCGAGUACCUGCGACUUACCAGCCUCGGUGUCAUAGGUGCUUUGGUCAAAACGGACGAACAGGAAGUCAUCAACUUUCUCCUGACGACUGAAAUCAUCCCGCUGUGUCUCCGUAUUAUGGAAUCUGGGAGCGAACUCUCCAAGACGGUUGCUACUUUCAUCCUACAGAAGAUCCUGCUGGACGACACAGGGCUGGCCUACAUCUGCCAGACGUACGAGCGCUUUUCCCACGUGGCCAUGAUCCUUGGGAAAAUGGUGUUGCAGUUGUCCAAAGAGCCUUCGGCGCGUCUUCUGAAGCACGUGGUUCGAUGCUACCUCCGCCUCUCGGAUAAUCUCAGAGCCAGAGAAGCUCUGCGGCAGUGUCUGCCGGACCAGCUGAAGGACAGCACCUUCGCCCAGGUGCUGAAGGAUGACACCACUACCAAGCGCUGGCUGGCCCAGUUGGUGAAGAACCUCCAGGAGGGCCAGGUGACUGACGCCCGGGGCAUCCCGUUGGCCCCGCAGUGAUGCCGCUAGAAUUGUUUGUACUUCUGCCAAAUGUGGUGCUAAGACUGUCCACGUAGUGAAGGGCUCCAUAACAGUCGAUUUGUGUUGAUUUUGUGUAGGACGUUUUGGUCACAUUUGCUGCUGCUUCAUCUCCAUUAUCAAAAAAAUUUCAAGCCAACAUUAGUUAGAUGUAAGAUUUACAUCCACUUGUCUGAUUAUAAAAAAAAGGGGGGGGGGGGGGGGAAUAAAUUGUGGCCGCAAUACAGAUUUAACAUGCAUAUAGAAUGGUAAGUUGUGGGCACAAUAUACUAACUUGUGGCCAUUACAUAGGUACGUGUGCACGAAAUACUAAUUUGUGGCCAGGACAUACCUCGGUAUCUCAUAUGCACGCAAUACUAAUUUGUGGCCCACAAAAUGGUAGUUUGUUAUUCCCAUGAACAAUUUGGACAUCUGGGUAAUCCAAGAUAUUGGUAUACAGUGUGCACAAAAUACUCAUUUGUGGCUACGAUAUAGGUAUAACUUGCUCAUAAAAUAAUAAUUGUCAUUCCUCUGAACAGCUUGAAUGUCAGGGUAAGCCACGAAAUAGGUAUAACAUGCACACGUUAUACCUUUUCUAAAUUAGUACUUCAUGGCAACAAAUUAGCAUUUUGUUUGCAUGUUGUGGCCACAAUUGAAACCCCCCCCUCCUCCCCCCACAAUAUCAUGGCUGGGGCUCCAUAUAUAUUGGUGGGUACUCUGUGUACAUUUUGGCCACCUCUGUUUUGGGAGUCGUACGGACUAUUAAUGCGUUUUACGGUUGAAUAUUCAAAUGGUGACUUAGUUUUGUAUUAAACCAUGCUGAAAACUGUGAAUACAUUCAGUAAUGAUGUAAAUAAUAAAUGUCAACGUUUGGGUAAAUCCUACCACAUCAAAUGACUGCCAGCCCUUCCAAAAUGUUUUUGGCUCCACCCCCAACCCCUCCCCCUUGUAAUUUUCAGGAUGUAACACAUGACACUUAAGCUAUAUGAUUGUUAAUUUUCGGAUAAAUAAAACUUUGUAA